AGUUGUUGAAGGAGCAAAUCAAAAUGGCGAGCCAAGAAGAGUCUGUGGAGUCAGUGAGGGAAUUCGUCGCAGUUACUGAUGUGGACGAGGAGAGGGCCCGGUUUUUCCUGGAGUCCGCAGGCUGGAAUCUGCAACUUGCACUGGCCAGUUUCUUUGAGGAUGGAGCUGAUGAUGACAUUGUGACACUUCCCCAACCUGAAGGUGGUUCCUCAGUGUCCCGGUCAGCAGGGCCAAGUGCACAACCCAGAGUGACUUCCUUCAGAGAUCUGAUGCAUGAGGCAGAGGAGGAGAGUGAUGAAGAAGAAGGCCAAAGGUUCUUUGCUGGGGGAUCAGAGCGCAGUGGCCAGCAGAUUGUCGGCCCUCCUAAGAAGAAGAGUUCAAAUGAAGUGGUGGAGGAUCUGUUCAAAGGAGCCAGAGAACAUGGAGCUGUGCCCUUGGACAAGAGCGGUAAAGGGCCAGGAGAGCCCAGCAGAGCCAGGGCCUUUAUUGGUGGAGGCUACAGGCUAGGUGCAGCUCCUGAGGAGGAGUCAGCCUAUGUGGCUGGAGAAAGACGGGCCUCCAACAGCCAGCAAGACGUGCAUGUGGUGCUGAAGUUGUGGAAGACUGGCUUCAGUCUGGAUGAUGGGGAACUCAGAAACUACAAUGAUCCUGGCAAUGCCCACUUUCUGGAGGCAAUCAGAAGGGGGGAGAUUCCCCUAGAGCUGAGGCAGCGGUCUCGAGGAGGUCAGGUCAACCUAGACAUGGAGGAUCACAGGGAUGAAGACUUCACUAAACCCAAGGUGGCCUUCAAGGCCUUUGGAGGAGAGGGUCAAAAGUUGGGAAGUGCCACCCCAGAGUUGAUCACAGCCCCAGCCACCUCCCAGCAAGACCAAGCUGCAAAUGAGGCUCAGGCCAGCGCCUCUGUGAGCCUGGACUUAUCCCAGCCCAUCACCAACAUUCAGAUUCGACUGGCCGACGGUGGCAGGCUGGUCCAAAAGUUUAACCAUACCCACAGGGUGUCUGACCUGCGUCAGUUCGUGGUUGCUGCUCGGCCCACCAUGGCUGCCAGAGAGUUUGUUCUCAUGACAACCUUCCCCAACAAGGAGCUGUCAGACGAGAGCCAGACGCUGCAGCAGGCCAAUCUCCUCAACGCUGUCAUCGUCCAGCAACUAAAGUGAAGGGGGGGUUGGAGCAAUGCCCCCUAGUGGUGAGGCUGAGUAAAUUCAGCCCUGUGAAACCUGCUGCCCCUUCUGAGGGAGGAGAAAACAGACUUAUGUAUGGACAUCUAAUUUCUGAUUUUUUUGUUUUUCUAAAGUGGAUAUUAACAUUCUGUUCCCGCAGACACCCACUCUUCCCCCUCCCACCUCUGUGGUCUGUGACGGGCAGUAACGAGGGGGGAACUAAAAAUCUUCCAGAAUGGAUAACAAUUUAAGAGCUGUAGAAAAGCCUACAGACAUGUUCAUGUUGUGGUUUUGAUGGGGAUCUUUACCUGACAGCAGUAGAUGGUUAAACCCAGAAAACACAGCAGCAGUCCAGCUUUCUGAAGACAAGUCGAGCCGCAGAGAUGUUAAAUGAACCUGGCUCUUUUUCCAUUAACUUGCUUCCCACUUCCCUUCUUUAUUAACUUUCAUUUGGCCCUUCAGUUAUGUUUACAAUCAGGUGUUGGGGCCACAAAGGAAUCACGCAGCGCCAGUUUCCCCAGUUUGUUUCUGUCUCAACAGCACAAACCAGAUCCAAGUAAGGAAAAGUAGAGUUAUUAAAGUCAAAGUACACAUUCACAGUGUUGUUUUGUACCAUUGUCCAUUUCUCUCUGCAUAACCUUUAUGAAGGUAGAGAUGAAUGCUGGUUCAAAACCUAAUGGUUUUCUUUCUUCAUACCGACCUAUACCAGUAGCCUUACGCUCCUUUAUUCACAUCCAGCUCUACACCUCUCCCUUUGUUUAAAUAAAGAUGGAAUUAUUUUUUUAAACUGCCUUUUUUUCCUUUCGUAUUUCCUUUACAGAUUGUAGAAUUGUCCCAGAUACACAGUUGCAUUUUGAUAUAGUGUAAAAUGAAAAGCUUUUACAUAAGGCUUUAUUAUUGAACCAAUGGUUGAGCUAAAGAACACAUAGAUUGUAAACACUGGUUUGCAGUAGUGGAAGUGGAACUCCAACGACACACUGACAUCUUCUAUGCAUCCUGGGACAACACAGAAAAAUGUUUGGACCUCUGGUAAAAUAAAUCCAUUUUAUGGUUGAUGUAUAAAGAA